CAGGGCCAUAAAUAAGAGGGUCCUAUGUCAGGGAAAUUAGAAGUCAGUUAACAUAAGCGUAUACUCAGACUGAGCAUUAGAGGGCUUUUCUAAACCAAGGCUGUUGAAACUGAACAGUGAAGAAAUCAGAUAGUUAUUAGGAAGUUUAGAUAUAAAAUCAACAGUAAGAAAGCAUUUUCUCUUGGCUGACCGAUUAGUCGUGCUUAAGGCAGCAUGAAUCCUGUACUUAGUACCUUGUUGUUCUCAGUGCUUCUGCUGCUGACCCACAGAAUUCAGGAGCUGGUGGAGGCGUGCAGCUGUGCCCCUGCUCAUCCGCAGCAGCUCAUCUGCGAUUCUGCUUUAGAUGAAAUGCCUUCUUUUGUCAGCAUUAGGAAUGCCUUGAUUCGAGCAAAAAUAUCCAGUGAAAAGGUGGUUCCUGCCAGUGAUGAUCCUCUUGAUACCCACAAAAUGAUCCGGUAUGAAAUCAAACAAAUAAAGAUGUUUAAAGGAUUUGAAAAGCUCAAGGAUGUCCAGUAUGUCUAUACUCCUUUUGAUUCAUCACUCUGUGGAGUGAAACUAGAAGCUAACAACAAAAAACAAUAUCUUUUGACAGGCCAAAUUUUAAAUGAUGGUAAAGUCUUCAUCCAUUUAUGCAACUACAUUGAACCAUGGGAUGAUUUAUCCUUGUCUCAAAAGAAGAGUCUUAAUCAGAGAUAUCAAAUGGGCUGUGGCUGUAAAAUUACUACCUGCUACAUGGUGCCCUGCUCAAUCACUGCACCAAAUGAGUGCCUCUGGACAGACUGGCUGAUAGAAAGAAAGCUAUAUGGGCACCAAGCCAAGCAUUAUGCCUGUAUCAAGAGAAGUGAUGGCACUUGCAGCUGGUACCGAGGUGGCCCUCCUCCAGAGAAAGAGUUUAUUGAUAUCAGCGAACCUUAAUGUGAUGACUUCCUGAAAAGCCUUGGAGUCUAAGUCCAUCAAACAUUGCACGCUCACAGCUUUGAACUGCUAUCACCUAAUGUGUCUGUUGCUUAGAAACAAAAACAAAUUGUCCUGUACAGCUAAAGUAUGAGUCUGUGGAAUUGGCACUCAGGCAAGAAGACGAACAAAUCUCCUGGAGGUAGCUACUCUGUAAAGUUAUGCUUUAUACAGAGAGGCUCAAGCUGAGAAUGCUCCUCUGUGUUCUCUAAGGCACAACUUUUUUUUUUUUUUUUUUUUUUUUUUUACCAAUAUGAAUGUACAAGAACAUAAGAAUGGUCAGAAUUUCGUUCCCUAUUUUUGUCAACCUACAAAUUAAAAAAGCCCCAUGUUUUAUUCCAAACCUUUCUGAUGAACAAAGGAAUGUUUUAUAAUUUUUUUUUCUGUAUGAAAGUCUUCUGAUACAAAAGAAUUAUUGUACAGUGUAUAUGCAAAGUAUUAUAACAAUUUGCUAUAAAAGAUUCAAAAAAUUGUGUUUUUUUCCUUACCUGUCAAAACAAGUUAAACACUUCAAUGAUUAAAACAAUCUGUGCUCCAUAUUUUGUAUGUUACUUAUGUCACAGGUUUCUUUAUCUACAGAGUCGUAACUUUCAUUGAUAAUUAAGUUAAAACACAGCCUUGAUAAUCAAAAUCCCCUUAUCCAAUUCAAUAUUCCUGUGAACUAGCUAUACCUUGCAGACCGUAAAGGCAGAUGUUCUAAUGCUUCCGCAUUUUAUAGAACCAACAUAAAUAAUGACAGGUGAAAACUGUUUAUAUUUACAGAAAUUUACACGUCCAUCAUCACUGCAGCUGUAGUACUUGAUAUUGCCUCUCUAAAUGCGUGACUAGGUCAUUUAACUUCAGCACUAUUAAAGACUUGGCUUUAGAAGCUCAUGUAAAAAUAUAUGCAGUAGAUAUUUAAUAACUUACAGUGCAAGUGAUUCCUAAAAAGCUCUCAAAUACUUGUUCAUAUUUAAUAAUACAUUAAAUUUACAUUAAUGACUUUUCAUUCAUGAAUGCCCAUUGACAUCUGUCAUAAUGAAUUUUUUAACUCUGACUUAUCCUAGAGAAGUGUUACAACUUACCCUAGCGAAGCGUUGCAACAUAGUUUACCUUUUAGCUUCUUAGAGUCUAAACUUUUAUAAUUUGAUUACUGUAGUUAAUAGCUAAUCUCACACAUAUUUAAGUUUACAAAAGUAACUCAAUUCACGGUAGUAAAACUGAAGAAAUUAUUUUGGUAAAUACCAAAGUUUAGGUAGUUGACGAACUGCUUGAGUUCUAGAAACUGGAUGAGAACCAUCACACAGGUUAUGGAUCUGUAACAGCUGCCAUUUCCAACCUAUAUUUUACUCUCUCUAACUUUCCCUACUGGAUUUCUUUAAAUUCAUUCCAAUUUUGCCUAAAGAUUACUCUCAUUUAUUCCUCAUACAGGAAUUUAGAACAAUAGGCAGAGAAAAAUAUUUAGACAGUUCUGUUCUCAUUUGGAUAGAUCAGGUCCAUUUGAAAGUUUAACAAACACUGUGACAUUUCCAGCCUAUGGAUUCAUCAAGAGUUAGAGCUGUUAUUGUCUGAUGGCUCAAGGGUCCAGUUUUCCAAAUAGUGCCUUUAGUCUAUUUGCCAUUGAGACCUUUAAAAAUCAUCACGACUUAAAAUUGCAAAGAACAUAUGCAUUUCUUUAAGUGAAUGGGCAUUUCUAAUUCUAUUCAAUUCAAUGAAAGUGUAUUUUGGGCUUAAAAUUCAGCACGACCUAUAUAAUUGUCAUACUAAGAUAUGUCAUUGAAUAUAAAAUGUAUACUUGCAAAAGACUGUAUAAAUGAUUUUUGUGACAUACUCUGUUUUAGUGUUUCUGUUAUUUUGACAAUUGCAUUAAUCCAUAUUUAAAUGACAGACAAUGGCAGCUUUGAGAAGACAAUUGUGAGAAUGAAUAUUAUUUACUUUUCUUGUGGCUAAAUUAAUACUUACAGAAAAGCAAUGAAGUAAAAAUCUAUUUUGCUGGAGAUUGUAAAUGGUACUUACAUAAGGGCUUUUAUAUUUUGUUUGACUGUAAAACUAAAUAAAUAGAAAAAAACGUUGAAACCCUAUCAUGUUUCACUUCACCCUAUGGAAAAGAUAUUAUCUAGCAUUAACAUAGAAGGAGUUAAACCUGAAGUACCAUGCUGCAUACAUUCUGGAAAGCUGGAGAGUACUGAUUGACACCACAUGUUCCUGGACAAGAACAGGGUUUCAAACUAGUCUUUAUGAUCUUUAUAAUCUCUUACAAUUUUUUUUUUAAUUAUUAUUUUUUUUAAUCUUGCUUUGGCUUUCCAGGGAAACAGAAUGCAGCAUACGGUAAUUAUUACAAAUCAACAAAGAUAUCUUUGUUAUCUAUCUCCUUAUCUAUUUACCAGUAAGUAAAAUACUAUCAAACUGUGGUCCACUUUGAAGGAAGCGCAAAUGUUGCAACAGGAAUGCACAGCAUUAUUCCUUUGAGGAAGAGUUGCCUAUUUCCCUUAAUAGUCAACAUUUCACUUUUUAUUUUACUGUAAAACAGUUUUGGGUGUUUUAAUUUACAAUCCUAAAUUAAGACAUCAUAUAUUUGUGCUGUCAAAUAUAAAGUCAAAUUAGUUUUCUGCUUUGCUGGAGAGAAAUAAAAAAUUACCAAAGGCCAAUUUUGAUCAUCGACAUAAAAUAUAUAUACACAUACAACUACUUGUUCCUGUAUGAAAUAUGAAGGCGACUUUUCUUCCAAAAAGCAAUUCAUAUUGCAAAGACAAUAUUGGCAGUGCCAAUUACUAGUCCUAAGGGCUGUGCAUUUAUAUUACCAGCUUAUAAAUAUAUUUAAAAAACAGACAAUUUCCUCAUGUGAAACCAAAACAAUUCCUAGAUGAGCCUGCAAGAGCCUAAUAACCAUACCAGGUCUGAAUUAAGCACAUGGCUAAUUAAUAUUCAUUACAUGUACAGUGUAGCAUGUGUUUCCAAUUCCAUUUUGAUGUAAUGGUGCAGUCUGAACAGCAUUCUGCAGUAAACAGAUAUUUUCUGUUUUUCAACUCAACAUAGUUGUUUCUAUUUCAGUUUUAUAGUGAAUAGACCUUAAACAUAACUAAACCAUAUCUCAUUGCCUUCUUUAUAUACAUUGUAAAAAGAAAUGUUUUCUUAAGUAUUUAUGAACAAAUUGUAAUAUGAAUUAUAUGCUAUAAUUAGUUUUUUAAACAUUUUAUAUUUGAUCUGCCAUAAAAUACCCAAUAUGAGGUGUUUCAAAA